AUGAUCGCUAUCACCGAAGGCGAGAUCGCCUUUGACGUGCCCAAGUCAGGCAAGGCCUGUAAGACGUGGUACAAGGUCUAUGGCGACUUGUCAGACACCUCUCGUACACCGACCGUCAUCUUGCAUGGCGGACCGGGCGUCCCCCACUGGUAUGUCGAGCCGAUGGCAGAGAUUGCCGAGCGGUACGGCCUCCCCGUCGUCAUCUACGACCAACUUGGCUGUGGCUUAUCUACCCACCUCCCCGAGAAGAAUGGAGACACCGAUUUCUGGACCGUUGAACUGUUCAUUGACGAGCUCCACAACCUCCUUAAUUUCUUCGGAAUCCAUGACAACUACAACGUCCUGGGGCAUUCUUGGGGCGGGAUGCUCGCCGCUUCUUUUGCUGUGCGCAAGCCGAAAGGCCUCAAGAAGCUCAUCUUAUCGUCUGCGCCAGCCAGCAUGCCGGUGAUGAUAGAGAUAUGCAACGAGCUGAGGAAGACGCUUCCGCAGGAUAUCCAAGAUACGCUGGACAAGCACGAGGCGGCUGGUACCACUGACAGCCCGGAAUACAAAGCGGCUUGUGACGAAUUUGACGCUCGUUUUGGAUGCAGGUUGCAGCCAACUCCCGAACUUUUAGUGAGAGCAUUGAAGAGCAUGGAGGAUGAUCCGACCGUUUAUCACACUAUGAACGGACCUUCCGAGUUCCACGUCAUCGGCUCACUGAAGAAUUGGAGCGUAAUCGACGAAAUCCAUAAUAUAGAGGUUCCCACCCUUCUCCUCAAUGGUCGAUACGACGAAGUCCAGGAUAAAGCCAUGGAUCCUUUCUUCCUAAAAAUUAAGCAGGUCAGAUGGUUGCAGUUUUCUAACUCAGCGCACCUUGCACAGCUCGAGGAGACGGACAGAUAUUUGGAGGUUAUAAGUCGUUUCCUACAGACUGAGGUUUAG